CACCACAGGGGGCGCAUUGCUUUCCCCGGCUGCGGACAGAUUACUGCAGCACAAUGUCUGCGCUGUGUGCGCGGGGAAGGUCGGGUUUUUCGGGGCGCAGUCGGGUGUUAUGUGCCCAGCUUAGUACCCCCCCUCACCAGGAGCAGCAGGCUGGCACCGAAUGUGGCACAACCCCAGUGGACCUUAGUGCCCCGGAGAAAGUGGAUAACAGAGCCCAGCUGUGGAGCCGCUACCAUGAGAUGAAGAAGCUGGUGUACGAUCUUCUCCCUCCCGGUGUAUGCAAUCUGCUGAAUCCAGCAACCAUAUGCGCCAACAAUGAGAUCUGUCUGGGAGACAUUGAGAUCUAUGGAUUUGAUUAUGAUUAUACUCUGGCGCAGUAUUCAGAUAUGUUACAUAAGAAGAUAUUCACUACCGCCAGGGACAUCCUGAUACAACAGUACAAGUAUCCAGAAGGAAUUAGGAAGUAUGAUUAUAUCCCAGGCUUUGCAAUAAGAGGUCUUCACUAUGACAUAGAGAAGAAUCUACUGAUGAAGGUUGAUGCUUUCCAUUAUAUCCAGCUGGGGACUGCAUACAGAGGUCUGAAGCCUGUCCCUGACGAGGAAGUCCUAGAUUUAUAUGGUGGCACGCCGCAUAUCCCGCUUAUUGAGAUGAGCGACUUCUAUGGAAAGGGACCCACAAUGAAACAGUUCAUGGACAUUUUCUCUCUACCCGAGAUGACUCUGAUUUCCUGUGUUACUGAUUUCUUCAUCAGCAAUGGUAUUGAUUUUGACCCAGUUCAUCUUUAUAAAGAUACAACAGACGCAAUUCGUGAUGUCCAUGUUAAAGGAAUGAUGUAUGAUUGGAUUGAGAAGGAUAUGGAGCACUACAUCCUUCACGGGGAGGAAGUCUUUGCUGUUCUUAAUAGGCUGGUAAAACACAAUAAGAAGCUUUUUCUCAUCACCAACAGUCCCUUCAGUUUUGUAGAUAAGGGCAUGAAGCACAUGGUGGGAAAGAAGUGGAGAGAUCUCUUUGAUGUGAUUAUAGUACGGGCUGACAAACCUGCAUUCUUCACGGACCGGCGCAAGCCAUUUAGGAGACUAGAUGAAAGUGGUUCACUACAAUGGGACAAGAUCAACAGUUUGGAAAAAGGAAAAAUAUACAAGCAGGGAAACCUGUUUGACUUCCUGAGAUUAACCGGCUGGAGAGGGUCCAGGGUGCUGUACUUUGGUGAUCACCUUUACAGCGAUCUGGCAGAUCUCAUGUUGCGACACGGCUGGAGAACUGGAGCUAUUGUUCCUGAAUUAGAGAAUGAAAUUCGGAUAAUAAACACUGAACAGUACAUGCAUUCACUGACCUGGCAGCAAGCAGUGACUGGGCUGCUGGAGCGGAUGCAGAUUUAUCAAGAUGCUGAGUCCAAGCAAGUUCUUAUGGAGUGGAUGAAAGAGCGUCAAGAAUUAAGGUCUGUUACGAAGAACCUAUUUAAUCCCCAGUUUGGUAGCAUUUUUAGAACUUACCACAACCCAACAUACUUCUCCAGAAGACUGAUCAGAUUCUCAGACAUCUACAUGGCUUCCAUCAGUUGCCUAUUAAAUUAUGAUAUCAACUUCACGUUUUAUCCACGACGUACCCCACUGCAGCAUGAGGCACCAUUAUGGAUGGAUCAGCUUUGCAGUGGCUGCAUGAAGACUCCUUUCCUGGAUGAGAUGGUUCAUAUCCGAUAAUAGUCUCUAAGAAUUUACCAGCUAUAACAGGAGUUUGCAAGAACCAUCAAUCAAAUCCAGAGUGUUCCAUAACUUAUUACAGAUCUAUCAAGGAAGUCAUGCUGCCCAAGAGUGGCUUGUCGCACACAGACCCUGGCUUUAA